AACAGUGCACGAUAGGAUCUUGGCAGCAACCUUCUCUCUACUUCUCAACCACAAAAAACAUCUUCAGAAAUGGAUAGAGCCUGGGUCUACCUGGUGACAGGAGGAUGUGGUUUUAUUGGGGAGAAGAUCGUCGAGCUCCUGUCUCAACAAGACUACAUCAAAGAAGUCAGAGUUUUUGAUUCAGUAGCAAGAAAAGAAGUAGAAAAAUUCACCACAGCUUCCACUCUUGUGACAGUGAUGAAAGGAGACAUUCGAGACUACAAUCUGCUCCUUGCUGCCAUGCAGGAGGUUCACGUGGUUAUUCACACAGCUGCUAUUGUGGACUACAGAAACACUGUGCCCUUCUGGGAAAUGAGAGCUGUCAAUGUUGAGGGUACUGAAAAUGUGUUAAGGGCCUGCUGUGUCCUGAACAUCCCGUAUGUCGUCUACACGAGCUCCAUUGCUGCAGUGGGACCCAAUACUUCACAUGAGCCCAUGUUCAGAGGAAAUGAGGACACCAAAUACAGUGGUGAAGUGGAGCUGCCUUAUGGGAAGACAAAGGCCAUGGCAGAAAAACUUGUAUUGGAAGCCAAUGGAAAAAAGCUGAGCAAUGGUGCUAAACUCACAGCAUGCAUUAUCCGUGCAAACACAGUGUAUGGGGAGAAGGCAACGUUUCUUCAAGAGUUGUAUUUGCUUGCCAAAGCCAGGAAUGGUGUGUUGAACUACCUAGAGCCUGAAAACACAGAGCGCAACUACACAUACGUGGGGAAUGUUGCAUGGAUGCACGUUCUCGCAGCAAGGAACCUGCAGCUGAAUCCAGACUUACUCGCAGGACAAGUGUAUUAUUGCUAUGAUGAUACUCCAACAAGAAAAGGUUUCCUGGUCAGGUAUCAGCUGUUGUCCUCCAUGGACCCCUCAGUAAGACUGGGCUCACACAUCCCUUACUGGAAGAUGUGGUUAAUGAUACAAUUGCACAGAAUAAUCAAGGUCCUCUUGUACCCUUUCUGGAAGCCGCAGCCUUUCCUAAACUUCCCUUUACUGAACACAAUAGUCACCACCUUCUCCUAUGAGACAGACAAAGCUUCCAGGCAUUUUGGGUACAAACCCCUCUUCUCCUGGAAAGAGAGCAAGCACAGAACUGCACAGUGGUUGAAAGCAGCUGCAAGGAACCUGGGACACCCCCAACUUCAUGAAAAGGAGAACUGA